AAUGCAGCGCAUGGCGCGUCAUUGAAGAGAGACCAUGAUGGCGGCGGCGCUGGGGCCCCCAGAAGUGAUCGCUCAGCUGGAGAACGCGGCCAAAGUUCUAAUGGCACCACCUUCUAUGGUCAAUAAUGAACAACGUCAGCAUGCAGAACAUAUAUUCUUAUCAUUUAGGAAAUCAAAAUCACCUUUUGCGGUUUGCAAGCAUAUCCUGGAAACUAGUAAAGUGGACUAUGUCCUUUUUCAAGCUGCCACAGCGAUAAUGGAAGCAGUUGUUCGAGAAUGGAUUCUUUUAGAAAAAGGUAGCAUCGAGUCACUGCGAACAUUCCUUUUAACCUAUGUCUUACAAAGGCCUAACCUUCAGAAGUAUGUUCGGGAGCAGAUUCUGUUAGCAGUAGCAGUAAUAGUAAAACGAGGAUCAUUAGAUAAAUCAAUUGACUGCAAAAGCAUUUUCCAUGAAGUGAGCCAAUUGAUAAGCAGUGGCAAUCCUACAGUGCAAACUCUGGCGUGUUCCAUUCUAACGGCACUGUUGAGUGAGUUCUCAAGUUCAAGUAAAACAAGCAACAUUGGACUAAGCAUGGAAUUUCAUGGUAACUGCAAAAGAAUUUUUCAGGAAGAAGACCUUCGACAGAUCUUCAUGUUAACUGUUGAAGUGCUGCAGGAGUUUAGCCGACGGGAAAAUCUAAAUGCUCAGAUGUCUUCAGUGUUUCAGCGUUAUCUUGCACUAGCAAAUCAGGUCUUAAGUUGGAACUUUCUUCCACCGAAUUUGGGUAGACAUUAUAUAGCUAUGUUUGAAUCCUCACAAAAUGUGAUGCUAAAGCCAACAGAGUCCUGGCGUGAGACCCUCUUGGACAGCAGAGUUAUGGAUCUUUUCUUUACAGUACAUCGUAAAAUCAGAGAAGAUUCAGAUAUGGCACAGGAUUCACUCCAGUGCCUAGCCCAGUUAGCCUCUCUUCACGGACCCAUCUUUCCCGAUGAAGGUUCACAAGUGGAUUACCUGGCACAUUUCAUUGAGGGAUUACUGAAUACCAUUAACGGAAUUGAAAUAGAAGAUUCAGAAGCGGUGGGCAUCUCCAGCAUUAUCAGCAAUUUGAUAACCGUGUUCCCUCGAAAUGUUUUAACUGCCAUUCCAAAUGAACUCUUCUCUUCCUUUGUUAACUGCCUCACACAUCUCACUUGUUCUUUUGGGCGAAGUGCUGCGUUGGAAGAAGUGCUUGAUAAAGAUGAUAUGGUAUAUAUGGAAGCAUAUGAUAAAUUGCUGGAGUCCUGGCUGACUUUGGUGCAAGAUGACAAACAUUUCCAUAAAGGCUUCUUUACCCAACAUGCAGUUCAAGUCUUUAAUUCCUACAUUCAGUGCCACCUAGCUGCUCCAGAUGGUACAAGGGAUUUGACUGCCAAUGGUGUAGCCUCACGUGAGGAAGAAGAAAUAAGUGAACUUCAGGAAGAUGACCGAGACCAGUUUUCCGACCAACUAGCCAGUGUAGGAAUGCUAGGAAGAAUUGCUGCAGAACACUGUAUACCUCUUCUUACAAGUUUAUUAGAAGAUAGAGUGACAAGGCUUCAUGGUCAGUUACAGAGACAACAGCAGCAGCUACUUUCCUCACCUGGUUCGGGUGCCAUUAACAAGAAAGUGCUUGAUGAUCUAUAUGAAGAUAUUCACUGGCUUAUUUUAGUUACAGGCUACCUCUUAGCUGAUGAUACUCAGGGAGAGACUCCGUUAAUACCUCCAGAAGUAAUGGAAUAUUCCAUUAAGCAAUCAACUGAAGUUGAUAUUAAUACAACACUUCAGAUCUUGGGAUCUCCAGGAGAGAAGGCUUCUUCCAUCCCAGGGUGCAACAGAACAGAUUCCGUAAUUAGGUUAUUGUCUGCCAUACUGAGAGUUUCAGAAGUUGAAUCUCGAGCAAUAAGAGCAAAUCUAACACAUCUACUUAGUCCACAAAUGGGAAAAGAUAUUGUUUGGUUCCUAAAACGAUGGGCAAAAACCUAUCUUUUGGUAGAUGAAAAGCUGUAUGAUCAGAUAAGUCUGCCAUUCAAUACAGCAUUUGGAGCAGAUACAGAAGGUUCUCAGUGGAUUGUUGGCUACCUCUUAGAAAAAGUCAUAAGUAACCUUGCAGUCUGGAGUAGUGAGCAGGAUCUUGCAAAUGAUACUGUACAGUUACUGGUUACAUUGGUGGAAAGAAGAGAAAGGGCAAACUUAGUAAUUAAAUGUGAAAAUUGGUGGAAUUUAGCUAAACAGUUUGCAAGAAGAAGUCCACCUCUUCACCUCUUAACAAGUUCUGUGCAGAGAACACUCAUGAAAGCACUAGUUUUGGGAGGUUUUGCUCAUAUGGACACUGAUACAAAACAGCAGUACUGGACAGAGGUUCUACAGCCACUUCAGCAAAGAUUCUUAAAUGUCAUAAAUCAAGAAAAUUUUCAGCAAAUAUGUCAAGAAGAAGAGAUCAAACAGGAAAUAACUGCCACAUUAGAGGCACUCUGUGGCAUUGCUGAGGCUACUCAGAUUGACAAUGUAGCAAUCCUCUUUAAUUUCCUAAUGGACUUCCUUACCAAUUGCAUUGGACUGAUGGAAGUUUACAAAAACACCCCAGAGACUGUUAACCUCAUAAUAGAAGUUUUUGUUGAAGUUGCACAUAAACAGAUAUGCUAUCUGGGAGAGUCCAAAGCUAUGAACUUGUAUGAGGCCUGCCUCACUCUGUUGCAAGUAUAUUCCAAGAAUAAUCUAGGUCGGCAACGGAUAGAUGUUACAGCAGAAGAGGAACAAUAUCAAGAUCUCCUUCUCAUUAUGGAGCUUCUUACUAACCUUCUGUCAAAAGAAUUCAUAGAUUUCAGUGAUACAGAUGAAGUAUUUAGAGGUCAUGAGCCAGGACAAGCAGCAAACAGAUCAGUGUCAGCAGCUGAUGUUGUUUUAUAUGGAGUAAACCUAAUUUUGCCUUUGAUGUCCCAAGAUCUUUUAAAGUUUCCGACCCUAUGUAAUCAAUACUACAAGUUAAUUACAUUUAUCUGUGAGAUCUUUCCUGAGAAAAUUCCACAGCUUCCUGAGGACCUGUUUAAGAGCCUAAUGUAUUCCUUAGAACUAGGAAUGACAUCAAUGAGUUCUGAGGUUUGCCAGCUUUGCCUGGAGGCCUUGACUCCAUUAGCUGAGCAGUGUGCAAAAGCACAAGAAACAGAUUCACCACUCUUUCUAGCAACAAGGCACUUUCUUAAGCUGGUCUUUGAUAUGCUGGUAUUGCAAAAGCACAACACAGAGAUGACAACUGCAGCAGGCGAAGCAUUCUAUACAUUAGUGUGUUUGCAUCAGGCUGAAUACUCAGAAUUGGUUGAAACCUUACUGUCAAGUCAACAAGACCCAGUCAUUUACCAGAGAUUAGCAGAUGCCUUCAACAAGCUUACUGCAAGCAGCACUCCUCCCACGCUGGAUCGCAAACAGAAAAUGGCCUUCCUAAAGAGUUUAGAAGAAUUUAUGGCAAAUGUUGGUGGUCUCCUUUGUGUAAAAUAAACAACAAAACUAUAUGCUUAAUUUAGACCCUUUCUGCAAAAUGCACUGAAAUGCUGAAAGUUGACUGAGUCUUGUUCCUGUUCCUGGGUUCUUUGGCCAUUUUGGAUUUUGAAGAGCCUGAAAGUUUGUUAUAUAAUUCAGUGACACAGGAGAGGUCAACUUUGAAUCAGCUUCUGCUACUAUGUGUUAGCCACAAUCUGUCAUGUGUAUUGUAGAGAAUGAAUGGCAAUUUGAAAUUUUCAAAAUGAAAUUCCAUAUAUGUGCAAACAGAUAUGGCACCAUGAAAUAUAUAUUCAGUGCCUUUUUCCCCGUUUGUCUAAACAUAGAUGGCCAGAUAAAGGUUAGAAUUUUUGUUACUGAAAACCUUUUAGAUGGAGUAUUCUGUAGACAUUCAAAACUCUACCUGGUUUGCUGUUAAUAAGCUUUAUUUUUCCUCUCUGAAGAUUGAGUUCAUGAUCCAGUGGGAAAAAAACAACAACAAAUAUCACCAAAUGUUGGGCUUAUUUUUUAACUUCUGUGUUUUAUUUGUUUUGUUUUUCUACAUCAAUCCAGUAUUACAGGUUUAUGUAAUACAGGUUUUUAUUUUUUCUGGUGCCUGAGAUUCAGGAAGAAAAAAGCUGUAUGUUUUGUUCCCUAAAAAGAACUUUAGGAACUGUAGCCAUUUCAUUGCCUUAAUUUUAAAAAAGGAAUACAAAAAGAGCAGGCGUCUUGGUAAAAAUACAAGUUUUGAUGCUUCAAAAAUUGGUUUAGGUUGUUAGCUGCUGUCUCCCUAUUUCCCCUUUUGAUAGUAUGUAUUUCUGUAAACAUGAGUCAAUAAGAGGUUCAUGUGUAGUCUAUUUAAAGUUUGUUUUAAUCCAACUACAUUGCACACAGCUAUAACAAUCUACACUGAAUAGUUUGCUUAAGCAAUAACAAUUCAAAGGGGUGUAAAUUAUUGAUUUAUACAAACUAUAUUUUAAGUUGGGGCAUUAGGGGCAAUAAUUAUGCUAGACUGGGAUGUCAUACUCAUUUCAUCAGGAGCCACAUAAAUUUGAUUUCAGAGGGAAAAACAACACUGUUUAGAUGCUCUACUAUUUCCCACUUCUGUUUAACAAUCAGGGACUUGCUUUCCAGUGCUGCCAUGCUCUCUCUAGUUCUGUGUGCCAGCUUAAGUUAUGUAAAUGACCAUGUUUUAACAAGCCAUGAGCAUACUGAACACAGUCUGAUCUACAACCAGAGUAGCAAAUGUGAGGAUAAACUAUACAGUCCUGUGCUAUGAGCACAAUCGAAGGUUUUGGUAGGGAGGGGUGGAUUUAUCCUUCCACUAUGUUCUUGACACUUGUAUGCUGUGGAAUAUUUUGUGUAUAGCAUAUCCACUUUUUACUCAGUUGUGUGUAGCAUCACAUUUGUAACUCUGUGCCAUCUUCAUCAGUUCAUCUCAAGACAAUUUACAGUCAUCUAGUCUCUCUAUCAUCUAAAUUCUGUCCAACCCAUGCAUGUGACAUUAUGUAUGAAUUCAAGGGCAAAAUGCCAUCACUCUUUAAUAAUAAUAAUCCAUUAUUAAAUAAAAAGCUGGGCUGGAGCAAACCUAUCUUAAAGACUGUUAACAUAAAUCUUUUUUAGAAAAAAAUAAUUCAGUUGAUAUGGCAUCUUUCCAUAUCUUAAAAUAUUUUCAAUAUGACUUAUUAAAAUGUGAAGCUAUUUUUAGAUUUCCUAAAAUCUCACUUUCAUCCUUCAAGAUAUAAGAUUGUUGCCAUGUACAUCAGCAUCUACCUUAUUUUGCAUUGGUUUUCCAUUUUUAUUUUAACUAAAGGCCUCAGUUUUUCCCUUUCUUUGGCUCACUAGUUAUAGAGAUGUAUGUAUAUCUAUCCCUUUGCAAAGGGUACUGCAACUUGGGCUGUUGCUUUAAUAGUUUGGCUGGCAGGGGCAGGAAUGAAAAUCAAGUUGGAAAAGAAUUAAGAGUAAGUUGGUUGAGUGAGAACAAUUUUAAUGAAUAAAUGGCAUUCACACUAGUAAACUGCCUACCAAGAUUGUAGUAUCUUUACCAAAUAUGCCAAGGCUAUUAAUAUUAGUGCAAUUUUGUAGGCAGAUUUUGAAUAAAAAAAUAUUUGCUUUGUAUUGGACCAAAUCAAACUUCAGAGAAUUAAAAUGUAAUAAUGUCAUAUUGGGGGAGAAAAUAGCAAGUUGGGAUGCCAAACAACACACUAAAACAGCUAAACUUUGUUCAGAGAUAUGUUUGUUUUGUGCCUCUGUGUGUGUGUGUGUGUGUGUGUGUGUGUGUGUGUGUGUGUGUGUGUGUGUGUGUGUGUGUGUGUAGUUGAUUUGAAUUCUUGCCCAGUGGGUAUCAAGAACACUGUCUUAUUCCAAUCCUGUUAUAACUGACUACCUAUUAAAUUUUCAAGGAUUUUUAAAACUUUUUACCCCUUUAUACACAUAUGUUAAAGAGACACUGUCAGGUAUUUUAUCUCUAGACUAUGUGUGUGUGUAUAUAAAUUUCUCCUCUUUAUAUGUCUUUCAACCUCAAGAGUUUUCCUUUCAACUUUCUCCUUUGUUCAUUCAGUUAUUCAUUUCCUUAACUUUUCCUGUUUUGGUUUCCAAAGGCAAAAUCAGGUUGUCUUUUGUUAGCUUUUGUAUUUAUGUAGUAGCAUAAAAAAUGGUGUCAUCAUAGUUCUAGCAAAAAAGGUGUUUGUUAUUGUGCUCUUUCUGCUGGUUGGAUGGCUGCCUCUUCAAUUAUAUUUACUUGACAGUGUCCUUUUCAUAGCAAUUAUUUGGCUCUUCCUGCUAUCCCUAAAUCUUUUUUGGAUACAUGGCAUGUUAACAUCACUGCAUUGAGUGGAUUGUGAUUUUUUUUUUAAGAAAAAAGAUUUGUAGUUUUUCUUAGAAGUUGUUUAUAGAAUUCAGUCUUGUUUAAUUGUAAACCAUGUAUCUGAUUGUAUAACACUUCUCUAUUCAGAUGAGAUAUUUAUUACUCUUUAAAAAAGAUUCCUCCAUUUUCCCUUUUUUACAGUCAAGAAUCUGAGUGAUUCACUCCCCUGUCCAAAAAUUUUUCGUAUUCCCACCCACUGUACUUAGUUGACUUUAAUCCACUAACCUGACUUAAAUAUCAGGUUUUCAUUUUUCCCUUCCACAUUGUCUUAUCUCUGUUGCUACUUGUAUGAAGGCAAGCACCAAAAGGAAACCACUGUAAUAUUCAAGGAUUUUAACAUUGAGUGUCAUUGUGGAGCAAAGAACCUGUCAAUUGAAUUUUUUUUUUAAGUUUUCUUCAGUUACUAAAUUAUUGGUGGUCUUUUUGCAGCUCUCAUCACUAAAAGUAGUUGUGUCAUCAGAUCUUAGCUGUUUCUAUCACAGUUACUUAUAGAAUAUGGGAGAUUGAGUUUGGUUGUUUUUUUUUUUUUAAUUCAGAAGUAACCUUAUACUUACUCUCAUAUCCUACUAAAUCAGAAUAAAGAAUUUGGUCCCAUGUUGUUUUUCGUUUUUUGUAUUUGCCUUAGUUAAGUUACAAAAUUGUGACAACUACUUAGUUACAUAAGAAUAUGAUAAUGGUUGAAAUUAUUUUUAAAUUGGAGAUGUGUGAAUAUUCUGUGAUUUGGCUUAACUCUUUUCUAAAAGUACUGAGUUUAAUAAUUUUCUCAACAAACAAAAAUUAAAUGUAUUGUGUUUGGAAUUUUAA